CUGUGGCAGGACUCAGACUCGUCAGAGCGGGUCAUUGCUCUCAUGCGAUGGGGCUUGGUCCCUUCAUGGUUCAGAGAAGGUGACCCUUCUAAGCUGCAGUUCAACACCACCAACUGUCGUAGUGACACUAUGAUGGAGAAACGAUCGUUCAAGGUACCUCUGGGAAAGGGACGACGCUGUGUUGUCUUGGCAGAUGGAUUCUACGAGUGGCAGCGCUGUCAGAGAACAAGCCAGAGGCAGCCAUACUUCAUCUACUUCCCCCAAGUCAAGACAGAAAAGUCAGGUAGCAGUGGUGUGAUAGGCAGCCCAGAGAACUGGGAGAAGGUCUGGGACAAUUGGAGGCUGCUGACAAUGGCAGGGAUCUUUGACUGCUGGGAGCCCCCGGAGGGGGGAGACCUCCUCUACUCCUACACCAUCAUCACAGUGGAUUCCUGCAGAGGCUUGAGCGACAUCCACCACAGGAUGCCUGCCAUAUUAGAUGGAGAGGAAGCAGUCUCCAAAUGGCUCGACUUUGGUGAGGUCUCAUCUCAGGAAGCUCUGAAGUUAAUUCAUCCCACAGAGAACAUCACUUUCCACCCGGUCUCUCCAGUGGUGAACAACUCUCGAAACGAUACUCCUGAAUGUCUGGCUCCUGUCAACUUGAUGGUUAAAAAGGAGCCCAAAGCAAGUGGUAGUAGCCAGAAAUUGAUGCAGUGGCUGGUCACAAAGUCGCCCAUAAAGGAAACCCCCAAAGCCCUCCCGAAGAAAGAGUUGGAUGUGCCUCAGUGGUCCAGUCAGUUCCUGCAGAAGAGCCCACAGCCAGCCAAGAGAGGCAGUGGGGCAGGCCUCCUGGAUCGAUGGCUGAAGCAGGAGCAGAAGGAGGAGGAGCCCAAGGCCAAGCGACCUCACAGGCAGUGACAGACUCUCACAGGCCCCCGCCGGGCCUGCUCCAUUCCCAACGGGGACUGCUGAGAACAGCCCGUGGGCUCUCCAUCCAAGCCCUCCCUGCUGAGAGCCCAACCCCAUGCUGCUAGCAGACCUUCUUUUUCUCAACCCCAGGACUCCUGCUGUCUUUUAAACUUAAGUUCUUACAUGUAUUUUGUUAUGAAUAAAGUACAUUGGAUAAACCUU